UGUAUUUUAUUUUGAAGGAACAAGCUGCUGACUCUGCCUUUUAACCUUUUCUCUCUCUCAGGGAUUUGAACUACAACACCCUGGUGGAGUUUCCGAUGGCCGUCCGCUCGCUCGGCCACCUCAAGGAGCUUGGUUUCCAUAGCAACAACAUCCAGUCCAUCCCAGAGCACGCCUUCACAGGAAACCCCUCGCUGAUCACCAUAUUCUUCUACGACAACCCGAUCCAGUCUGUGGGACGAUCCGCCUUCCAGAACCUCCCGGAGCUCCGAACACUCUCGCUGAACGGAGCCGCAGACCUCACCGAGUUUCCAGAUCUGACAGGAACCAAGAGUCUGGAGAGCCUGACUAUAACAGGAGCUCGGAUCACCUCUCUGCCUGCUUCAGUUUGUGAGCAGCUUCCAAACCUUCAGCUGCUUGAUCUCUCCUACAAUCAGAUCGAGAGUCUGCCGAGCUUCUCCGGCUGUGAGAGCGUCCACAAGAUUGAUCUGCACCAUAACAAGAUAGAGGAACUGGAGGAGAACACCUUCCACGGUCUGAUGUCACUACGCUCUCUUGAUCUAUCGUGGAACAAACUGUCAUCAGUGAAGCCGAACUCUUUCUCUGCUCUGCCCGCUCUCUCCAAACUCGACCUGUCGUCCAAUCGCCUGUCGUCCUUGCCUCUGAUUGGUCUGCAGAGUUUAACUCACCUGCGAUUGGCUGGAAACAUGGAGUUGAUGGAGUUACUCCCCCGAGAGGACCUGCCCAGAGUCAGGGUGAUUGAGCUGCCCUACGCAUUCCAGUGCUGUGCCUUCAUCUCCUGUGAGAGGAGAGGAGGAGGAGGAGGCUCAUCCUGGGAGAGAGAGGAGGCAGCAGUCUCUACGAGGAGAGAAUCCUCCGUCCUCUCCAGCCAAGUGGAUCAGGACUGGGAGGAUUUUCUGAUAGAGUUUGAGAAUGAACCCAAACUGGAACACUCUGUGCACUGCAGCCCUGCGCCAGGACCGUUCCGCCCUUGCCUCCAUCUUCUUGGCAGCUGGUUGAUCCGUGGAGGGGUGUGGCUUAUUGCAGCUCUCUCAUUGGUCAGCAACGGCCUGGUCGUCCUGUCAGUCUUCUUUUCCCCCGCCUCCUCAGUGUCAACACCCAAGCUGCUGAUUGGUCUACUGGCCCUGGUGAACGGUCUGAUGGGGGUGUGGAGUGGAUGGUUGGCAGCAGUGGAUGCCUGGACGUUUGGCAGCUUCUGGAGGUACGGUGCGAGGUGGGAGAGCAGCUUCCUUUGUCGACUCAGCGGCUUCCUGUGUUUAUUUGCGUCUCAGACCGGCCUCUUCCUGUUAACCCUCGCAGCACUCGAGCGAUGCAUGAACGCUGCACAUCGACACAAAGGCCGCCCUUCAUUGCUGUUCGCCAUCCGUGUGUCGGUGUGUCUGUGCUUCCUGUUGGGCCUGUCCGUCACACUGUCCCCCCUGGUGGCGGGACACAGCAGUACCUCGCUCUGUUUGCCGCUGCCUUCCUCCUGCCACUCGUCCUCCUUGGCCUUCUCCGUCUCCCUGGUGCUCCUCGACUCGUUGUGUUUCCUCAUCAUGACGCUCGCCUACACUCGCCUGUACUGCCGGGUCAAUAAAGCCCCGCCCCCCUCUGAAGAGGAGGCGGUGUUGACUCGACAUGUGGCCUGGCUGCUGUUCUCUGACUGCCUCCUUUACCUCCCCGUCGCCUUCCUCUCCUUCUCCUCCAUGCUGCGUAUCCCCGCAGCCGGGCCGGAGGCCACCAAGGGGAUGCUGCUCCUCGUGGCUCCGCUGCCCGCCUGCGUCAACCCGCUGCUCUACAUCCUGUUCAACCCGUUCGCCCGGCAGGAGCUGGCGGCGCUCGCCAAAUGCACCUGCAGGUGUGUAACGGUGCCACGGCUCCUCAGAGGAGGACGAGGAGGCGGAGGAAGGUCAAGCACAAUGGAUCCAAUGUACGAUGAGGACGCAGAGAAACAGUCCUGUGACUCGACACAGGCGCUGGUCGUAGUCGGAGGAACCAAGGAGGAAGAGGAGGAGGAAAGAGGAAGAGGAAGGAGGGAGACACGACAUUCAGUGGCGUUUGUUGUUCCACAUCACUAAACUGACACAAACACACACAGAUACAUACAGACUAAACAGACGCAUACACACAAACACACACACAGGCACACGGCAGACUGAUGGGACUGUAGCAAAUGUAGCAGAGAAGAAUCAUGUACAGGACGUACCGCCAGUUUGAGUUCAACUCCCUCUCUCUCUCUCUCUCUCUCACUCUCUCUCUGUCUCUCUCUGUCUCUCUCUGUCUCUCUCUCUCUCUCUCUG